AUGGCGUCUUCUACCAGGUUAGUUACUGAUUCCUUUCCAAAGACUAAAAAAGACAGACCGAUUAACCAAAAGCUAAAGCAAUCAAAGGCCAAAGAUGUGAUUCAUCAAAAAGGUAAGAAUUACUCACUAGUUUUGGGAAGCCCUAACGGUGGGUAGCCUGACAAUGGUGACAUGAUCGGGGAGAUAUUUCUAAAACAGCUGUAGCCAUAGAUUUCCCCUGGCUCCUUUAGGACAACCCCCGGCUGCCUGGAACGCGAAGAACUUGCUCGUUGUUAAACUUUCUGCCUUCUUAUUUCAUUUACCGAGCAGCUUGAAAUGUUAGUGACAGCACUGCAUAACGUACAAGUAGCAGUUGAAUUAUUGCUGACCCUGAAUAUUUUCUUCCAAUGAUGCUAGUAUAAAUACAAUAAUAUUGCUCCAUUCUGAUUGUUCAUGUGCUUAGCAUACUGCUUGGCAGUCUACAAGCUGCAAGCUAAGAGUGUUUGGUAAUCAAAUAUAGACAAUAGUUUGAGUUUGUUCAGUUACCAGUCUAGGUCAAUUCUUGGAUUCUGUUCAAUUACCAAACAUUCAACAGCCAUUUAUCUUUUCUUUAGAUCAAAAGGAAACUAAGGACCAGGAACUGAACCUUGAAAAAGCCCUCUUGGUAUUAAAAGAAUUUGACUUAGACUCUGAAUAUGGCCCCUGUAUUGGUAAGUUAACAAUGUUUAUUACCGUGGUUCUCAGCAUCAUAAUAUGGAGAGGUAUAGCAAAGACAAUUCACAAGAUGGUAGUGAUGACAGAUGUUGAAUCGGGGUAGGAGCGCAGGCUCAUUUCCUGAACAGAAGCUGGUAAUCGGGACUUGACCUACUUUGAUUUCAUUCAGUCCUUUCCACACAUUUCCACAUUCUCAUUUCAUGUUGCAUUGUCUUUGCUAAAUCUUUGCAAUAUAUACAUGAGGGGGGGAGGUUGGACCCCUCCCCUUGCCCAAUACUAGUGAUUUAAAUGGGGAUUUUCCAGCAUAGUCUUAUGCUUCAGUCAUUUAGCAAGAAUUAAAACUGUUGAAUUAUAAAUUAUGGAGAUCCCGCUAAUACUGGCUGAUGGCUUCUUUCUAUAAAAUUGUUUAAACUUUUCUCUGGUAAAACAUUUCAAACAAAAUUGAAGCUUUUUAGUUAACAGAAACUGUUGCUUUCAAAUGCAGUCAUUAUUUGGUCUUUAAGGUAUGGAAAUUGAAACUCUGUUUUAGACUACAAAACACAAAGUGAAUAUAAGGACAUCAAAGAAAGACCUCUCAGGAGGGCUUUGGGUCAUGGAGUGUUAUGGUCAUGUUGCAUUCACUUUUGACCCAUAAAGCAAAGCGAAAUUAUGGUGGUUUGAAUGUUUGACUUGUUAACAACAUUUUGUUUGGUUUUGAUUUUUCAAGCUAUAGGUGGUAGCAACUAAAAAGUGUUUGAUCAUGCAGCAUGAAAUUACAUUUUUGGUGGAUGUUAUAUUAAAUAUACAAGUCCAGUAAUUAUUUUGUUGAUAAGUGUUGUUAUGGCUUUUCAAGGAAUUACCAGAUUAGAGAGGUGGGAGAGAGCUGAAGAAUAUGGCCUUUACCCACCAAGAGAAGUCAAGUCAAUCAUUCUGCAGCAUCCUAAUGACACUACAUUUACUGAAUGGUAUGUAGCAAUAUUAUUGUUCUUUUCUGUGUUCUGUAUUGUUCCUUGA